GGUCACACACGUGGGCGUCACAGUGAACCCUUAGCUAGAACUUUCUCGGUAGUCUUCGAGAGACCUUGGUGCUUCCAGAAACCCAUCCCCAUUUACAGUACGUCAUCAAACGGACCCUUUAAAGCGUCUGUAGCGGCUGUAAUGGCACAAUAUUCGGGAGCGAAGCAAUAUCAGAGUAUGAAAACACUGUCUCCAGUCGAAACGAUGGCAACUAACGAUCCUCUACCACCUGGGUGGGAGAUCAAAAUUGACCCGCAGACAGGUUGGCCGUUUUUUGUGGAUCAUAACAAUCGCACAACGACGUGGAAUGAUCCGAGGCAUGACACGAAAAAGAUUUUUUCAAAUGGCCCCUCUAUGUCCUCAGAGUCUCCUCAGGACAUGCACAAAACCUUUAUUCAAGAGAUGAGGCAACCAAUGCUACGCCAGGGCUACAUCCCCAUCCCAGUCUCCCAUGAAAACACUGAACCCAGGCUGCAGCAGUAUCCGAGUUUCUCCUACUUCCAUCCAGCAGUGCAGCAAAACUUGAGAACAGAUGGACGUACACCUUCCCCGACCCCAACAGCACACUGUCGGCCUAGAUCUCCAGUGCAGACCCCAUCAGAGGCAUGUUUGUCUUGCUCUCCUGCUUCACAUGGGCCUGAGGUUCAUCAACCACAGGGGACACACCAACAAAUCAGUGGCCUUCAUCAACAGCCCCGACCCAGCAAUACAGGUCUCCGGGCGGGCUACAUCCCUAUUCCGGUGAUCCACGAGGGUGUAGGGGGGGGCUUACAAUCCCAGCCUAGCCAAAGUUCUCAUCCCACACGAGAAAAACUCCCAAUCUACCGCGAACAAGUGCCCAUUCAGAUUCAACAGAACCGUGCUGCCAGUCCCAUCCCGGUCCCCUUAAGGGCCCAGUCACCAGUUGUGUCUCAGAUCAUGGGAGAGAGACCCCAGAUCCAGCAACAUAUUGGACACGCAGCAAUACCACCUAAAGCUGAACAACCAGUUGAAGAAUUUGUCAGAGCGCCACCUGCAUUUGAGAUUCCUAUUCAGAGAGUGAAUGAUGUUCCUCAGCAAAUACAUCAUCAGCCAGUACAGCAACAACAACAACAACAACAACAACAGCAACAACAGCAACCUACACAAACACCUCAACCAAAAGCACAACAACCCAUACCACAGUCACCGCAGGUAUCGGAGACAUCCAAUAUUACCAUACAAUUUCCUCCAGCACCAGAACCCCCGGAAACCAUUGCCCCUCAAACACCUCAAACACCUCAAGACAUCCCACCUCCACAAUUCCAGCCUGAGGAGACUCUGGAACAAGAUCUGAGUCACCCAGGACUGAUCAAAGUGCACCAGAUAUUGGAACGUGUGGAGAAACUGGCACAGGAGGUGAAAAGUUUCGAUGGGAAGAAGAAUGAUAAAAGAUACUUGGUCCUGGAGGAGAUGUUGACCAAAGAACUGCUGGCUCUGGACUCGGUAGACCCCGAAGGUCGUCCAGAUGUGCGUCAGGCUCGGAGAGAUGGUGUCCGCAGAGUUCAGACCAUUCUAGAUGAACUGGAGGUGUUUGGAGAGCAGUUGGAAGGGCUGGCUGGUGACACAUGCCCCGAGGCGAAAGGGGAGCAGAGAAUGAUUUACCAAGCAAACACAGAGAAGGUCAAGGAGAUUUCAUAAUCACACAAAUUUGAGAAGAACACUAAUCAAAUCCCCAUUCUUGUUUUUACUUGCACAAUUAUUAUUAGUUGCAUGCACGAAUAAUUGAAGUUUUCUGUUGGAAAUGAUCUAACGUGAUUUGUUUACUGAGUGCAAUCGUGUGCUGUUAUGUGAUGCUGCUGUUGUCAAAUCUGCACCAUGCCAGUGUCUUAUAGCAAAAGACAUAGCGGUGACAAGUUUUAUUCAAAAACAUACACGAAAAUGAGGCCUUGAACCAGAAGAAAGUAUUUUAACGUCCAAUAAGUAUCUUUUGUACAAUGUGGAAUGAAUGUUAAAAUGCUUUUUUGAAUAUUCCUCAAGAACACAUGUUUUUUUGAAGUAGUGGGCUAUCACAGUGAAAAACUUUGAAUUGAUUUGUAACAUUUUUCAUGUGUGGACUAAAAUAGAAGAAAUGUAUACAUUUUAAAUAUUAAAGCAUUCAUUUUGGUUUUGGAUUGUGGGAAGGUUUUGUGUAUAUAUACAUAUAUACACUGUAUGUAUACAUAUAUACACUGUAUGUAUGUAUAUAUAUAUAUAUAUAUAUAUAUAUAUAUAUAUAUAUAUAUAUAUAUAUAUAUAUAUAUAUAUAUAUAUAUAUAUAUAUAUAUAUAUAAAAUGCCUUUUAAUAGUAACGUUUGAACAUCAUACAGGAGAAUAACUGAUUGUUGAGAGUGAGCUUUGCUGACAAAAUUCCCUGAGAUGGUUUGAAUGCUUGUCAAUGUUGUUAUUUGUUGAAUGACAGUGAUACAAAUAAUGCUAUAUUUUUAUUCUAUUUUUCUGUGCCAAAAUGAACAUUUCCAGUAGUAAGAAUGUUCUUCUUAAAAAUGUUAAAUUUAAAAAACAUUAAAAAUUCUCACUGAAUAUGGUCGCCUUAUGAUUAAGGGAUGGUUUGUUAAAGCAGUCAGGGUCAGUCCAAAGUUGUGGUGAGUCAACUCGAGGUACCAAAAUAAUUCUGUUUUAUCAACAUUGUGCCCUUGAGCAAGGCAACUUAAUCACAACUUGCUUGAAACGGACUUGAAAUGAGUGUACCAAAAAUUACUUUGUAUGAUGUGUCAGCUCAAUUCAGUUUAAAACGGAGUGCUGUACGUCUCACAAUACUGUUGUGAGCCUUUUUUAUCUCAAUGACCUGUUACUGAUUCUGAUAUCGUAAUAACACUGCGAACAAAACUGGUUUUGACAAGUCUGUUUUGUGAAAUAGUAUGCAAUGUUCAGUGUUCACAGCUUGGAAAUUUGCAGUUUGUUAAAAUGUCGACAUGAUAUGGUCACAUAAGCAUGACUGCAAAUAAAAAUAAUAAAGCAAUUUGCUUACA